GGCGCGGGUUCGCGGGCUCCGGGGCGCCCGCUGCCCGCCGCGCCAACUUGCUGUGUGACCUUGGGCCCCGCCGCGGGCUUCUCUGGGCCGCUUCUCUUUUUAAAUAAUGGGGCCGUGCGCGUCUUUGCUCUCCUGAGGUCAUUCCUGCGGAGUUGCGUCUCGCCGAGGGCCCCGCCGUGCGCGCGGCGUGGGGAGGCGGGCUGAGGCCUACCGGGCUCCCUCCGGCCGCAGGGCGUGGGGUCGGGCCCGGAGCGGCCCCUCGCGGGCCGGGCCUCGCUGAUAGCCAGAAACAGCAUCCCAGUGGCGCUCCACCUGCCCUAGAGAAGGAAGAUGAGCGAGUCGAGCUCGAAGUCCAGCCAGCCCCUGGCUUCCAAGCAGGAGAAGGACGGCACUGAGAAGCGAGGCCGGGGCAGGCCACGCAAGCAGCCCCCAGUGAGUCCGGUGAGUCCCGGGACGGCGCUGGUAGGGAGCCAGAAGGAGCCCAGUGAAGUGCCAACACCCAAGAGACCUCGGGGCCGACCAAAGGGGAGCAAAAACAAGGGUGCUGCCAAGAUCCGGAAAACCACCACGGCUCCUGGGAGGAAACCACGGGGCAGACCCAAAAAACUGGAGAAGGAGGAAGAGGAGGGCAUCUCGCAGGAGUCUUCGGAGGAGGAGCAGUGACCGCGCCGCGCCGCCUGCCCCUCCCCGGAGGAGCAGCUUCCUUCUGGGACUGGACAGCUUGGCUCUGCUCCCGCCCCGCCCCGCCCCAGGCCUGUUGUCACCCCCGCCCCUCCCCACACUACACAGCACACCAGCCGCGCGGGCCCUGUGGCCGGAGCAGCGCCUUCGGGCUCGUCCCCAGCAGCCCCUGCCCACGCACACGCGCCCUCCAGGACAAGGCUAACCCCACUUAGCCGCUCCCCGCGUCCCUGCACCCACCUGCCUGGGGUCACUGCUCUCUGGGCCCUCGAGUUCCUCCCUGCUCCCUCUGGCUCUCCCUCUAGGGGCCUGGGAGGGCUCCCCUGGCCUUAAGGGGCCCCGGCCCCGCCUCGCUCUGACACGCCCACCUCACUGCUGCAGCAGCCAUCAGGCCAGUGGGGGCUCGGCCCGCCAAAUGCCCCAGCCAGUCUCAGCGGCAGGGCUCGCCCACCUGUUCCUCCCCCAGCCUUCCUAGUCCACCCCAGGUUGGACGCCCCCCUGGGGUACAGGAAGGAGCAAGAGCCGGAGGCCCCGCCCUCCAUGCCACAGGCAAGAUGAGAGCAGCUGGCACCCACCUGCUCAGGUGAGGCCCAGGUCCCCUGUGGCAGCCGCCCGAGGCCAGGCUUGCGUCCACCCUCCUGCUUCCACCGCGGCUGCUGGCCCGCGGGGCGCUGGUACCCGAGCUGCCCGCCCUUCUGCUCCCCACCCCCAGGGUUCUGGUUCCAUCCUUUCCUCUGUUCACAAACUACCUCUGGACAGUUGUGUUGGUUUUUGUUCAACGUUUCACUCUUAGACAUUUGUCGUUGCUGCUGCCAUCAGCGCCAGACGUUCAUCCUCAUUGCCUCCCGUUCUGCCCUGUUCCCUCCCCAAGACGGGGGCUGGGGCGCCCAGGCUGGGUGCAGAGCACCCCAGUCCCAGGGAAGGUGGGGCGUUGCCCCUAGGAUGCUGCCACAGAGUGAGGAGGGGCCAUGUCGACCAUGGAAGGGUGUAGGGGCCACCAGCUCCCCCUGUUCUGUUGGGGAGGGUGGCCAUUAUUUGUCCCAGCCUGGGGCUCCCCCUCUGGUUUCCUAUUUGCAGUUACUUGAAUAAAAAAAUAUCCUUUUCUGGA